GCUUCUUACCUGCCUCGCACCUUGAGCUGCCACCAGAAUACCUGUUUGUCAAGGUGGGAACGUCAAGGCACCAUCACCGCCAUCACACCAUCACCAUUAUCGUUAUCGUCAUCACGCAUCAUCGCCGAAAUGUUUCCAGUAAGAGGCUCAGGAAUGCCCGGCUCGCUACCAUUACCCAAAUGUGUGGGAGAAGAUGCGCGCGUCUGCAGGUUCCCUGCUGCCCCGUGAACGUUUCCUGCGCAGAGCCAGGAGGAUGGGCCACGAUGGGGCGGAGCGAAGAGCCAAGUAGCGCACCACUCACCCUCUCAGCGGCACUAGCCAGGCAGUAGCGCGCGUGCUGCCGGAGUGCUAAGGCUGGGUGUCGUGCGUCCGUCGUGCGUCUCCCAACACUGGACUGGUGACGGGAACUUGGCCGCCUAGACGACCCGUGACCCCGCGGCUCUACGUCAGUGCCUGAUAGAGGAGACGCGUUGCCUUGGCGUGGUGCUCCUUGAACUGCUGUCUCAGGACUCGAUGGCUCAGUAAUGCGGAAAGUGAGCAGGACGAUGUAAUUACCUGAGUGCCGCAGCUCUCUUCUGACGGUGCCAAGGUCGCCGCUCCGUGAGAAGCAUACACGCACACCACGCUAGGACCUGUGCUUGGACACGAGGAGGCGCUUACGUCCAGACAAACUAACAGUCGGCCGCGCACAGGACAGGGAUCAUAAGAGAGUGGAGGAGGAAGGAAAGGAAAAGAAGGGAAAACUCGCCGCACGCAAAGUAAGGUCGUCGCGGCGCACCGCGCGUAACACUUCAAGGCAGAGCUGCGACAGUACUGCACCGAUCCCCCCCCUCUCUCCCUCACUCCCUCACUCCCUCACUGCGCCUGGAGGACCUGACUCGAGGGUCAUGAGAGGCAGGCACACGCAUUCCUGAGGGACGCCUGGCUCACCUCCACCGCAGCCUGUCCAUGCCGCCUUCCCCACGCCGCCUCCCUCCCUCGAGACUCGCCCGCCGGAGGUGAAGCACUCCUGCCGGUGAAGACCAUGACUCCCCAGGCACGCAGUGAAGGGUCGCAGCGCCCCGUGAGAGGCGGGCGAGCCUGGUGGUGCCCGUCACUUCCUAUUCUGCUGGUGAUGCUGGUGAUGCCCGCUACUCCUUCCCGCGCCGCCACCCAAGAGUUAAGCUCCUCGGCGCCCUCUGCACAGGCACCACCGGGCGACCUUGCCACCAGGAGCUCCCACCAUGACGCCCCCCCUGCUUCCCCUCAAUGACCUCCGACCCGCAGAGGAGCCCGCUGUUGAUCUCACGCACGGUGACAACGAUGAGGGUCCCGCUAGCUUGUUGCUCCCGCAGAAGGAGGAGCCAGCUAUAGAAGAGCUGAGCCUGGUGAUCCACAAGUGCUGCCCCGAGGAGGAGGUGUUCGAUCAUGCCACUAAGAGCUGCCAGCCCAGCCGUGACCUCACCUUCAGCGUUCCCAUCUUCACUGUGGACUACUACGGCGUCUACAUGGAGUCCAACCUCACGCGGGACCAGGUGGAGCUGUGGACGUCCCCGCUGGACUGCGAGCGGUACCUGCUGGACGCCGUGCCGGAGAGGAAACCAGAGUUUGACUUCCGCGUGUUGGACAGCGGCCACCUGUGGGUUCCGGAGUACGAGCACCAGUACGACUUGAAGCACUACUGCCUUGAGAACUUCGUGGUGAACGCCAGUGUGAAGGGCUCUCCGCACAUCCAGGGCGCCAUGGUGUGCGUGCUGCAGACCGAGGUGGAAACGUACGACCCCUCCAAGAUCCCCGUCAGGAAAUGCUGCAUGCCCAACGAGGUGUACGACACGGCCUCCAGCUGCGCCCUUCGUUACAACGUCACCACGGAACCAUGGCUCGUGCCUUUCAAGUCUGUGGAUGGGGCUCACAAGCAGGUGGAAAUGGUGGACAUCCGAGAACCGCCUUUCAUCCACACCCACGAGCUGGUGCCAAACUUCCAGACGUGCGUCGGGGACCAGAUGGGCUGGCAGGUGGACGCCUUUCAUGUGCAGCAGGAGGAGGGCGGCCUGUACGUGCCUCUGCUGGACCGCAUCAUCCCCGACAACCAAUACUGCAUCGAGGACUUCCACACCAACGGCAGCCUCGUGCCCAUGGCGUAUGUGUGCGUCAGCGUGGAGGAGAAGCAACAGCUGCAAAGACUCCAGACGCCGGGCUGCCAGGCUGACCCGUGCAUCGCCAAGUGCUGUAACCUUGGCGAGAUCCUGGACGCGGUGAGCAGCAGAUGUGUGCCCGCCGGGAAUUACCCAUUCAAUCCCUACAUCAAGCUGGACAACGGCUCCCUCCUCCAGAUAUCAGACCCGGACUACCGCAUCGGGUUCCCGGAGUGCGAGGUGCAGCUUACUUAUGUCCACGAGCGCGUCGAGCUGCUUCCCCGCGGCAUGCUGCGCUACAUCACCAACGACACCACGGAGUGCCAGCCGGAGCGGGCCUACGCCAUCCCGAAGGGCGAAUACUGCAUUGACCAGGUGUACUACCCGUCGGGGGAGGUGAAGCAGGGCGCUGGUUUCUGCUUCAGCAACAAGUGGGAGCACCUGGGCCAGCUGGAGAAGCAGGACGUGAACUACCUGUAUUCAGUGUUCCUGGCGGUGUCUGACUUGUUCAUCCUCGUGUCCUUCAUCGUGUACCUCACCGUGCCGGACCAGAACAAGCGGGGACUCAACAAAAACGUCAAGCUGGCGCAUUCCGUGCUGGGGCGCAUCCUGCUGUGCUUCCUCUUCAGCCUGUUCUUCGCCUACCUGUUCCUCAUUAUCAUCAAGCUGUUCUCGGACCCCAUCAAUCUGGCCUACCCCAGCGCCUGCAUCGGCAUUGGUGUGUGUAUGUACGUGUUCUUCAUGGCGACUUUCUUCUGGCUCAACGUGCUGUGCUUCGAGCUGUGGUGGAAGUGCGCCAGGCAGGAGAGUUCAAGCGGGCGGCGUUGGGUGUGGUACCAGGUGUAUGCGUGGUUGUGUCCCCUCCUGUUCGGUGGCGUGUCCCUCAUCAUGGAGUUCACGCCUUCCAUCAGCAGCUGCUACAUCAAGCCCAACUUUGGCACCUACUCUUGCUUCUUCAGCUACUCCGUGACACACAACAACGGCGCCAAGUGGGCUUACUUCUUCGGCCCUGUGGCUGUGCUGCUGUUCGCUGACUUGGUCUUCUUCCUGCUCACGGUUCGCUCCCUGCUCGUCACUGUCCAGCAGAGCCAUAAGGGCACUGUGCAGAGGCAGGCACGCCAGCGGCUCCGUCUCUGCUUCAAGCUGUUCCUGGUGAUGGGCAUCAGCUGGCUGGCCGAGAUCAUCUCCUUCGAGUUGGGCCCCAGCACCGUGUGGUACAUCUCAGACGUGUUCAACUGCUUCCAGGGAUUCAUCAUCUUCCUCAUCUUCAUCCUGAAACCCAAGAUCCUGCAGGCGGUGCGGGCGCGGCUGUGUGGUUGCUGCGGCCCACCGCCGCCCGCCAAGCCUCGCGGUACGAACGUCUUCAGUUCCAUCAUGUUAAACUCGUCCGCCACCGACGAGUUCUCACUCUCCCAACAGCUGUCCUUCGCCCACGCCCACGCCCAUAACCGCCUGUCACUCUCACAUUCCCAGAAUCAGCUUUCGCUGGCCCACGACCGAGCCCACAAGCAGCUCUCCCUGCCCUAUGGGCCCAACGCUUUCCCCCACCCCAGCCUCGAUACCAGCACUUCCUCCUCCUCCACCUCCUCCACCUCCACCUCCUCCUCCACCUUCAAGCAGCAACGGCCCCACAUUGAGCCUGACCCGCCAGCGUCUGCUUCCUCCUCCCCUGUCUCCUCCCGUCCCUCCACCCCAAGAACUUCUUCCACCAGAGCCUCCCUCUCGGCCAGCUGCAAGUCCGUGCUGGAGGCUGCCUGCUAACUCCCCGCCCCCAACCCACCGCCCCAUCCUCCUCACGCACCGCCCACUGUCUUGCUGCCUUGUGUUGCCGUGCAUGCUGGUCGUGCCCCGCCCAGGGCUGCCAACAGGGGCUCGCGGCUCCUGCCAGACCAAGGGCGCGGCGAUCCCUUCAUGUGCACGAACUCUUCAUUGUAGCCGAGCGACUCCCUCUUGUCUGCAGCAUGCAAAGUACUUUAUUAUUAUUAUUUUUAUUAUUAUUAUUAUUAUUAUUAUUAUUAUUAUUAUUAUUAUUAUUAUUAUUAUUAUUACCAUCAUUAUUGUUGUUGUUCAGGCGCAUGAUUCGUGUAGCGUGGAAGUCAUUCUGUUAUCGCAGGGCACCACCCUGCCGCCAACUGGCCGCGCGGGGCGCCCACACUCCCAGGCGUGGCGGUGACGCGUCCCGUGCUGAGAGUGCAGGAGUGACGCCUUGGUACUGCGAGGUGUGGUGUAGGAAUGCCACGGAAGUCGUAUUCCUAUGGAGCGCGCACACACACACACACACACACACACACACCUUAAACUACAUCCAUGACAUCCCCAUUCAGUUGCGUCGGUCCUUCGUGAGUCAGUCAGCGUGCCUCGAGAGCCUCCUUCGGUCCACGUUCCCCGAGUGGACCAGAAACCCGAGCCAAACUUUGGACCAAAUUACUUUAGUGUAGCUAGAUCCUCAGUGUUUUAAUGGCCGAGAUUUAUGACUUGAUUAAAACACCCAUCGAAACUCAACUGCUCGCCUCUACCCUCGGCCAUUUUAUCCACUCCAAGCGGGUCUCCCAUGAUCGCCGCCUCCCGUCCGCCCUUCCUCCGUCACUAAUGGAUACGUCUCCCUCCCACAGCUGACUCGAGGGAUGAGACUCAGCUCUCCACUCUCCUCCAGUAGCGGCGCACGUAAGAUUGCCGUCCAUUCCUUGUGUCCUGUCCGUCCGUCCGUCCUUUCGUAUGCCUGCCACGGUGUGUGUGUGUGUGUGUGUGUGUUUGUGUGUGUGUGUGUGUGUGUGUGUGUGUGUGUCGUCGAAAAUGGUUAUGACAAGUGUAUGAUGGUUCAUGGUGUUGCGUUCCUUGUCUCUAUCUUUCUCCUUCACCUGACGUACUAGUUAGAUGUUGAUACUGUCCGUGUGUGUGUAUGUGUGUGUGUGUGUGUGUGUGUGUGUGUGUGUGUGUGUGUGUGUGUAUGUAUGUGUGUGUGUGUAUGCUUGGAUUCUACUAAUUAACAUAGUGAAAUCCAUGUUCUGUUAUUCAUUUAUAUAAUUUGAUGUUACAAUUUCAUGCUAUAUCGAUAUACGCUAUGCUUAGCGUUAGUGUAAAUACGUACGUAUAUAAGUAAUAUAUGUGAUUAGAAAUAUAUUUCUCUAGCUGAGUGCUGCACACGUAGUGGUCAGCAUGCAGAACAUUAACGUGUGAAUGUAGAUACUGACGUGCACACGUGUAAGUGGUGAUGUGUGCAAAUAGUGGAGACACGUGUGCACCUAUUGGUCAUUUAUUUAUACCGAGCACAGGGGCAGCAGUGCCUGUCUGUGCACGCCCCCCCUCACAGUGUGCAUGUCUUGUGCUGCACGCCGCUGUUUACUGCCGCUGCCCGGCCACAGUGAGUCACAAGCAUCAGGUCACGCUGAGUGCUGCCCUGCCCGUGACAUCCAGCUGUCCCUCGAGGCGUCAGCACACGAGAUGCGGACGAUCCUUUCCCUUGCGCGGCGUCAUCGUGCAGGACGUGCCUUCCUGUUCACAAGCCGAGUAGUGCGCUGGCAAUGCGUGACGCCUCGUGUGAUAGCCCCGAACAUCAGUGUUAUGUUAUGUAUAGAUUGUGAGAGUCACACGGUGAUGAUGCAACCGAUACUUGAGGUGGAGUGUGAUGUGUCCCAGUACUGUGUCCUUAGGUCUGCCUCACACCUCACCUUUUCCUCUUCUUUCCCUCAGCACGCCUACAUUCUCCCGUGAGUGCACACACCGCCGUCAAGAAUUCCUCAGUUAGUAGUGUUUAGCAGUAGCAGUAGCGGCGUCUCAAGUGUUGUGACAGGUACUACACUGUGUCGUGAUGGAGCGGUCAUCACGAACAGAUGGUCUCGGUCCGUCAUUUUCACACUGUACAGUCUUAAAUUUACUGAUGCAUUUACAGAGAUCCAUUAUGUCCAUAAUAUAUAUUUUUAGAUAAGAUUCCUCGCAAAUAUAUUUUACCAACUGUAUACGAAA